AGUGUAGCACAAGUGUUCAUGUAUCUCAGCCCUGUCCUCGGGAAAUAACCCUUGACCUGGACUCGUCAUCGCCAGCAAGUACCCUCCUGAUUAGAGCAAGGCUCGAUAGUCAAUCUCUGGAAAAUAGUACUGUAAGGCGAGGGAAAAUCUCCAUGAACACAAUUCAUUGGUGGCGUGCAGUCCCCGACAAUGAAGCACCUUACAUUGGAUGACGUGAUCCAUAUAACUGGACAGUUUGGGCGCAGCCAGAAAAUAUACUAUUUUGGUAUUUCACUCCUGCAGUUCUUCAUAGCUCCUCAUAUGCUGCUUAAUGUUUUCACUGGGCUGGAGCCAACUUUUCACUGCUCUCCUAAAGAUGUCAUUCCAAAGCAUGGCGCCACUCUCAACAGAAGUGACUCCCUCCUCAACGAGUGCAUUGACAAUGAUGUACAAAAGUGUAGAAUUAUUUACACGUCGCAGUACAAAUCAUUUGCAUCUGAGUGGAACCUGAUAUGCAGCGAGAAGUACAAGGUGGCGCUGGUACAGUCAGUGUGGAUGUUUGGGGUGAUGACGGGAGCCCUGGUGCUGGGAGGCUUGGCGGACAUCAUUGGCCGCCUCAGAACACUCAUGCUGGCACUCCUGGGCACGAUCGCCUUUGAGGGGUUCAGUGCCUUUGCUCCCACCUACACAGUCAUGGUAGUCUUUAGGUUUCUUGGUGGUGUUUGCUGCUCGCUGAUCAUUGUGGCCAGCUUUGUCCUCUCCCAGGAGCUCGUUGGGAUGGAGUGGCGUAGCUUUUGUGGCAUGCUUCUUAGCAUGUUCUUUGCUCUGGGUAUUGCAGUGUUUUCUGCACUGUCAGCCAUUGUGAGUGACUGGAGAACCCUUACCCUCAUAUGCUCAGUCAUGGGCAUUGCAUUCCUCGUCUUCCCAUGUUACAUUCCUGAGAGUCCACGGUGGUUGGCCUCACAAGGCAGGAACGAUGAAGCCAAAGCAGUGCUGGAGGGAAUGGCCAUGAAGAAUAUGACUCUAGAUAAGUUGCCAAAGCAGUGGAAUCUUCCAAGUGUAGUCAGCAAUUUGAGCAAAAAAGCAAAGGGAAUCUGUCUUCUAUUUAGCCAUUCAUAUGUUGCUCUCAUCACCCUCAUUUUGAUAUUUUCUUGGUUUGUUAACAGUGCAACAUACUAUGGCCUAACCAUGGCUGCUAGUGACCUGGGGGGAAAUGUGUAUGUGUCAACAGCCCUAAAUGGCCUAGUAGAGAUACCGUCGGGAUUGGUUGCCAUGUUCAUGAUUGACAGGUUGGGUCGACGCAUAACACUGUGUGGCUUUAUGUUGUUUGGUGGUGUGGCCUGCCUUUGUAUACAGCUGUUACCAGCAAGCCUAGUAACCCUCACCACCCUUUUUGCUCUUCUUGGAAAAUUGAGCAUAUCCAGCAGCUUUGCUGCCAUCUAUAUUUUCAGUGGUGAAAUAUUUCCAACGAUGAUCCGGAAUUCUGGAAUGGGAAUUAUGUCUGUUGCGGCCAGGAUUGGAGGAAUGCUGGCACCGUUCAUUCUGAUGUUGGGAGAUGUUGCUCCCAACCUUCAGUUCACUGCACUUGGCCUCCUCACAUUCUCCUCAGGCCUAUUGAAUCUCAAGUUACCAGAAACCUUGGGGCAGCCAAUGCCAGAAACAAUUGCAGAUAUUCUUGCCUUUAGGAAAGCAAGUAAAACCGUUCAUCAUGGUAAAUACAACAAACUAGAAACAGAGGACGUAGAGGCAGACAAGGACACCCUGUCACGCUCUCCAAGCCCAAGGAGAACCACAGAAGAGCCAGCAGCUGCCGAUGAUCUGGCUCCCCUCAUAGUGGAAAAUACAGAAUCAAGGUGGAGCUAGUUAAGAUUAUUUAAUUUCCUUCUAAUUCACUACAAUUCUUUUUCUUCCUCCUCUUCUUCUUCUUCUUAUCAUCAUUAUUAUUAUUAUUAUUAUUAUUAUUAUUAUUAUUAUUAUUAUUAUUAUUAUUUAUUAAUUUUAGAAGCGGUAUUAUUUUUGUUUACUUAAAGUAUAUUUUUUAGGAAUUCGUAUUCAUUCUCAGUUUUGUUGUAUAGAAGAAAAAUGCAACUGCACGUAAUGAAAUUUUAAAGUUGAAAAGCUGAAAACCAGAGAUAAUGAAAAGUUGUAGGCCUACAUAUUAGCAUGAAUAAGAAAUUUUGUUGAACACAUUUUAUUAUAGCAGUGAUGUAGCAUUCCACAGUUUAUAAAAAUUAACAAAGUUCUAAUCAGUAAAAUGUGUUCAAUAUAUUUCUUACUCCUGCUGUUGUUUAUAACUUUUAUACUGUAAAUUUUAUUUU